GAGCACAGCAGAGACGGCGCUGCUCGCACCAUUUAUCAUUUGCCUAAAUGAUCGCUACCUCCUCCGCUAAUACUGAUGCCGGGUGCCCACGCGCUAUGUAGUGUGCUCCCCCUCUCACACACGUACCCCUCUGGGAGGCACUCUCCCUUUCCUAUUCCCUCUGCCGCCUUCACGCACCUGCCUGCCUGUCGCCAUCGCAAUCGUCGUCGCCGCCUGGCGGCAUGCGAUCUGUGUCUAACGGGGCUUUUCAGUCUCCUCGCGAUGCUCUUCCGUUGAUCUUCACGUGCGCUGGCGACGUCGUUUCCUUUCCUCUCGUUUCGCUUCUACUGCUCUCUCUUUCUGUUAUCUCUACGGAAAUAUUUGCGUUUGUUUCACGGAAAAUAGUGAAAAAUCGUGUGUUGACAAAUUACUCGUACCAUUUGCAAAACAUAUGUACAGAAAUAAAAUAUGGAAAAUUUCAAAUGAAAUUACAGCGAAGGCGUAUAAAUAUUUGAAUAAUUUAAUUAACCCUCAAUGACAGGCGAAUGGCCGGACCAAGAAAUAAAAUUACUAAUAUAAACAAUCAGCCGAAAAAUCAACACGAAAUUCACCCAAAAAUCAACUCUAUUACGAGGAACAGUAGUGCAGACUCCUGAGAGCUUUUGGGGACGCACGGAUCUGUGAAAAGUGCAAUCGGAAUCGGAAUCGGAAUCCUAUUCGCAAUCAACAAGCUCUCAAGUGCUGUGCUGUGCUCUUGUCCGUGGGUUAUAGGCCCAAACAGCAAUUGGAGGCUGCCUUUUGGCUGCCUGCAGCCUGGAGCCUGCAGCAAUGACAAUGUCAUCGGCGCUGACGCUGGCUCUCGCCGAGGCCGUGGCAGAGGCCGUGGGGACCGAGGCGGAGGAGGCAGCAAAAUCGCCCGAGGCGGGCGUUGAAAUGUUCUCGGAUGCGGAUAUGGCGGAAGUGCGGCAUGUUGUUCAACGCAUUUUGGUGCCGUGCGUUUUUGUUAUUGGACUAUUGGGAAAUUCAGUGAGCAUUUAUGUUUUGACGCGGAAGCGCAUGAGGUGCACCACAAACAUUUAUCUAACGGCCCUGGCAAUUACGGACAUUGCAUACCUGACCUUUCAAUUAAUCCUAACACUCCAGCACUACGAGUACAUCAAGUACCACUGCGAGAUCUACUGGCGCCUCUACGGAUACUUUGUCUGGCUAUGCGAUGUCUCCGCAUACAUAUCCAUUUACAUAGCCGUGUGCUUUACCAUAGAGCGAUUUAUCGCGAUACGGUAUCCGCUGAAGAGGCAAACGUUCUGCACGGAAACCCUGGCCAAGAGGGUGAUAUCAGCCGUCGCCCUCUUCUGUUUGCUGUCUACGCUCUCCACCGCGUUCGAGCACACAAUGGACAUCCACUGGAAGUUGAUUGAUGACGCCUACAAGCCAUGCAAUCAAACCCCGGCCAAUGUCUCGCCAACGCCCUCGCUGCCCACACCGGCGACCGUGUGGCACCAGCAGCAGGAUGACCCCGAGGUGACCACCACUGGGAGUGCUGCAACGUUUCCCCUCUUCGACGGCAGUGGCAAUGGCAUCGGCAUCGGCAACGGUAACGGUGAUGGGGAGUCAGGCAACAUUCCACGACAGCAACACCGCCGGCACCGGCCGUCAUCUGUGACGCCGCCGCCGGCCCAGAGUGAAACUCUAGAUGCCACCGAGCUGUGGCAGCAGGGCUCAGAUGCGGCAGACGGGGAGCGCGACUCCAUAGAGCGGGUCACGGAGAGUCUGCUGCAGUUGUCACGUUCCGGACGCAGCGGGGAGUUCAAUCACUCAGAUGCAUUCGCAUUUAAUGUAACGGAAUAUUGUCAAAAUAUGACUGUCUUUACUCACAUUUUCUCGGAGCUGGGCAACAACGAUCUGUAUGUGAACGUGUGGAGCUUGUUCACUCUGUUGGUAUUUGUGCUUUUUCCACUGUUCCUGCUUGCCACGUUCAACUGCUUCCUCAUCUUGCUGGUCCACCGAUCGAAGAGCCUACGCGGGGAUCUAACAAAUGCCAGCAGCAUAAGACGCACCAAGCGGAAGUCCAACACUGGUCUGACGGGCAGCGUUUCGCAGGAGAAUCGCGUGACAAUCACUUUGAUCGCCGUCGUUCUGCUGUUCAUCGUGUGCCAGCUGCCGUGGGCCAUCUAUCUGAUACUCGACCAGUACAUGGAGAUUGCGCCGGGUGCCAAGGUGAUUGCCGGCAAUGUGUGCAACCUUCUGGCCGCUCUUAAUGCCGCCUCGAACUUCUUUCUGUACUGCGUGCUGUCGGACAAGUACCGGAAGACGGUGCGCGAGCUGAUCACAGGGUAUCGCUAUCGGCGUCGCCAUGCCCGCAACAACACGAGUCUCUAUGUGCCCCACACGACCACCACGCUGACGCACAUCAACGGAGACCAUCACCAUCAUGGUGCGCCCUACGGUGGGGCAGGCGGCAGCAGUCGUCGCAGCUGCAGUCGGAGUCGCAACAAGGCGACGGCCACGGGCCGCCUGAUAGCGUGAGUCGUGCCACAGUCUCGAGUGCGAUUUCUCUGGCAAAAGCAUGAUUACAGCGUCACUCACUCAAAAGAUAAUGGCAGAAGUGUUUCUCACGAGUACUGAAUGAGUCACGAAUGAGUCACGAAUAAGGAAUGAAGGUUUGAAACAUACGCCUGCGUAGAAUAAUGAGUAAAAUACAUGAAAUGAGUAGAUUGAAUGACGAAAGAUGCAGCCACAAAUCAGCAAAUUCUUGCUGUAAUUCUUGUGUUUCCUGGUGAUCCAAGCCUGAACAGUGCCUUUCGGGAGUCUGUGAAACGCAGACGAAGGACUCUACAUAUAUAUCUCUCUCUCUAUAUACAGAUUAUAUAACAUACAUUGUGCCAUAAUGUGAUGAUUAUAGUUUUAUGAUAGUUAACCUAAACGUAAUUGUUGUCCUAAGUACUAAACGAAUCAAAUACAAAACCAAAAAAAGACA